AUGUCGUGGUUCAGGCGUGCGAGCGCGAGUUCUUCCAACGCCCGAGCAACUCCCCCGCCCCCUCCUCCGAAGCCGCCUGCAGACCCGCACAAGCUGGAUACUCUUAACCAAUCCUUCGCCUCGAUCUCCGCAGUGACCGCACCAACCCUGCGCAUAGGCCGCAUCGAUAAAACCCUUGCUCUAGCCACCACCCUCCUCUCAGACCAGACAAUCAGCACAAACCAGCGCCUUCUCGUUAAUAUCACCGCCUCCAAAGUUGCCCGAUUUGCAGUCACAACAAUAAUCUCCGAUUCCGGCAUAUUCACGCAGCAAUGGCAUCUCCAACAGUACCUCCAACGCUGUAUCGACGCCGACGAAGCCGUCUACACCCCCAACGGGUCUCCAAAAUCCUCUCCUAAGACCACACAACUCCGCUCUGCUGCUGCUGCGCGGGAUAUUGUGGACUUGUUCCAUACAAAUUGGGAAAAGACGCGGAGCAUGCGAUGGGACAUAUGGCUUGAGCGUGCUACCGGGCGAACGUCAUUGCGCCAGUUCUCCGUCUUUCGUAAGCCACGCCAUGAGGUAUACUGCUCCCUGGCCUCGCGGUAUCAUCACGAUGCGCUGCGCGCGAGCGAGAGCGGCGACUUCAAGGGUGCGCUGUCGAUACUUGCUGAGGGCGAUGGCGCAUGCCGGAUGGCACUGGAGCUCGAGGAGGCCAUGAAUGCGGACCGGCAGGCGCAUACAGCUGAAGAAGAUAUUUUCGAAGAAGCCGCGGAUAUCACUGCUAGUUAUGAGAUACUGGUAUCGACUUGUACGGCGACCCGAGCGUUAGAAUCCGGACAUGGACGUUUUGCCGCAGCGGUGGCAGAUAGUGCGGAAAAACUUAUGGAUUAUGCAUUACUCGCACUAGACGAUUAUCGACAUGCGCUAUCGUGCGCAACGAGUAAGGAUAUUGAGCUGGAGGCAGAGUCGGUCUACUAUGUGGCCAAGACCUAUCAAAUUCUACUCAAAAACGAGACGAAAGCUCAUGAACUUUAUCUCCGCGCUAUAUCACUCGUUACAACGCUCUCCCCGAAAUUACCUGGUGGUACAUGGUUCACGGAGGCUAAAAAGGCGGUCGAGGCCCGCCGAACAAAGUUGAAGGCGCAAGAGGAUAGUGAAUGGCAUACGAGACGCGGACCGAUUUAUGAAAAGGUGAAGGACAAGGUGGAAGAAAUCCACAAAAAGAGCGAUGAAGAUGCUAGGCAACUAGUCGAGUGGCUCAUGAAAACAUAUCCACCAAAGACGGAAGGCGAUGCACCGGAUUUGACGAAAAGUAAGGCGGACCUGCCAGAUAAGAGAGCAGUUCUUGAGGCGGUGAGGAGAUACCACCCGGAUAAAAAUAUGGCGUUUGGAGACGAGUGGCAUGUACUCGCAGAGGAGAUAACAAAGUGCUUGAAUAAUUGUUUUGGGAGGCUGAAGUCUCUUUAG